UCAAGUGAGGCAGAGAGUGGUGUGAAAAAGCCGGCCAUGCACCUCGGUGCUAAUGGACACCCGGCUGCUCAGCCUCCUGCCUGGGCGGGGGAAGGGCGCGGCUCGGGCGAGGGUGUCCGCGCCGCGGAGGAAGCUUUGGCGCAUGCGCCCCGGGAGGCGUAGAAGCCGGGACCACCUCAACUCUGCCCUCAUCUGUCUCCGGGGGCGCAGGGAGUGGCGAGGGUACUUUUGGGAAGCGGCUGGCGUGCAGUUAAGGCAUCAAGGCUGAACUGUACCAUUUAGAAGAAUGGAAGCGAAUGCACCUGUUGAAAUGUUUUCAAAAGUCCUAGAGAAUCAGUUGCUUCAGACCACCAAACAAGUGGAAGAACAUUUGGAUUCAGAAAUUCAGAAACUGGAUCAGAUGGAUGAGGAUGAAUUGGAACACCUCAAAGAAAAGAGACUCAAGGCACUGAAGAAAGCUCAACAGCAGAAACAAGAAUGGCUUUCAAAAGGACAUGGGGAAUACAGAGAAAUCCCUAGUGAGAGAGACUUUUUCCAAGAAGUCAAGGAGAGUAAAAAAGUGGUUUGCCAUUUCUACAGAGACUCCACAUUGAGGUGUAAAAUACUAGACAGACAUUUGGUGAUACUGUCCAAGAAACAUCUUGAGACCAAAUUUUUGAAGCUGAAUGUGGAAAAAGCACCUUUCCUUUGUGAGAGACUGCAUAUCAAAGUCAUUCCCACGCUAGCACUGGUGAAAGAUGGAAAAACACAAGAUUUUGUUGUUGGAUUUUCUGACCUAGGAAAUACAGAUGACUUCACCACAGAAACUUUAGAAUGGAGGCUGGGUUGUUCUGAUAUUCUCAAUUACAGUGGAAAUUUAACGGAGCCACCAUUUCAGAGCCAAAAGAAAUUUGGAACAAACUUCACAAAGCUGGAAAAGAAAACUAUUCGAGGAAAGAAAUAUGAUUCUGACUCUGAUGAUGAUUAAUUCUUUGUAAAUCGUCUCCUGACUUCAGAAUUCGAUGUGUUUUCUAAAUUCUGUUGAUUUCAGUACAUUCGUCUCCUAAUGGUCACAUUCUAGAGUUUUAUGCAGUUGCAUCAUAUUGAAAAACAUCUGUGAUAUUUUCUGUGUGGAGUUUGUGUUUAAGUUGAGGAAAACUUCUGAGUUCUAAAUAUCUGAGUAGGGUCUGGAUUCUCUAUUUUUGAGAUUGGUUUUAUCACAAUAUGAUUCUUACAUUUUUAUACCAUUCACAAUUGUGUUUUUAAUCUACUGGAUUGGAAAUAGAAAUACAGCACACUAUUCCAGGACUAAUUCUUACCUAGCAUUAUUUACUUUAUAAAGAGGUCAAGUAACAUUUACUGGUGUAACAGACUGCACUUGUAAUUGAUUAGAAACACUCUUCUGGAAUAUAUUUAAGUAACUAUUAAAGAACUGUAUUUAUUCUGUA